UCUGAAGAAAAGUCGUCGCCUCGUCGGACAUCACAACAGCAUCCAGCAGCAGCAGUCCAACACCAGCGACGAGCCAACGAUGGGAACCGUCGACGGCGGCGGCGGCAGCAAGAGCGGCACAGUGAAGCAGCUCAACGUAGGGGGCAAGCUCUUCUCGCUGGAGGCAAGCUCCCUUUCCCUCUCCCUCUCUCUCGAUUCCCCUUCCCCCAACCCAACCUUCGUGGACCGCGACCCAGCCCUCCUAUCCGCCAUCCUCGCCGCCAUCCGCGCCCCGUCCUCCGCCGCGGCCGCUUUCCCCGCGCGCGUCCUCCUCGACGAGGCCCACUUCUACGGCCUCCACGAGCAGCUCCUCGCCGCGCUCUCUCCGCCGCCACUCCGCGGCUUCUCCGUCUCCCUUGCCUCCACCCUCUGCCCCGCUUCCGAGCCGUACCCCACCGCCCUCGCGCCGCACCACGAUGGGUCCCUCUGCCUCGCCCACGGCAUCGGGCAGGUCACCUAUUACUCCCCGGCGCUGGAUCACCUCGCCACCUUCCGGACCCACCUCCACCGCAUCACCUCCCUCCGGCAACUGCCCCCCAGCCUCGUCAUCCUCGGGUCCGCCUCCGCUCCAGGGCUGCACGUGUACGACUUCCUCGAAGGCCGGCAUGUCGCCUCCGUUCAGUGGUGGGAUCCCACUGACACUCGCGUCAGCAAGGCGAAGGUCAUCGCCAUUGCUGCCCGUCCUCCAGCUGAUGCAGCUGAUAACAAUUCGCCCAUCUUGGCAACAUUUGAGAGCCCUCACCGGGAGAACUGCAUCGUGGUGGUCGACCCUGUAACUCUGAAGCCCACGCAGGAGAUUGGCCGGCAAAGUGGCAGCGCAGCAAAGUCAUCGACACCAGAUCGAGUGGUGCAUCUGCCGGCACUCGGACUGGUGUUUGCAUCAUUUGUGAGUUCCGGGGCAUUUGGCUACUCUGGCUACAUGAGGCUGUGGGAUAUUCGGUCUGGUAAUGUGGUGUGGGAGGUGAGCGAGCCAGGAGGAGCUGGAAGAAGCAGUAGGUUUGGUGAUCCAUUUGCAGAUGCAGAUGUUGAUGUUAAGCAGCAGGCAAUAUACAAGGUUUGCUCAAAGUCAGGAGAUGUAGCAGUGGCAGACCUGAGAUGCCUUGGUAACGACCCUUGGGUUUAUAUGUCAUCAGGACCAAGAGGGAGCGGAGGAGGCUAUGGCAGUGUUCUGCAUUGCCACCAGUCUCAAGUGUUUGUCAGCCGGAAGGAUGGAUUGGAGGUUUGGUCCCGAUUGGAAGAACAACGCCAUAACACAGGUGACUUGGCAGAGCAACCAGGAACAAAGGAAAGAGGAAUUGAUGAAAGAUCUUAUAGGAGUUGCUAUGUGGACACGGAAGAGGAUGCUAAACGUGGGAUGAUACAGAUGAUGGAAGGGGGUGGAGACCGCCUGUUUGUGACAAGAGUAGAGAUGCAAGGUGUGGAAGUGUGGGAGACUUCCCACCUUGCUGGUGCAAUUCCUCUCUCAUAGCCGUUUCCCCUUGUGGAUUUGGAGUGACCAUUCAGUAAGUCUCUACCAAGAUAUUAAAAGUGUGUUUACAUGAUGGCAUUCUCGUUCUUGGUUCAUGUCUUCAUGCACAAUUCGGUACUCAAAUAUGGGUCUUGUGUAGUCUGCCUCGCAAGAUAUUAUGUAUCAAUGUAUAGUCACAUGUCUUGCUUCUGGCUUCUGCAGAUGCAUUUCAUUUUCAUUUGAUGUAGAACCCUUUUCUUAAUCUCUUAGCUCCAAGUUCUUAGCUACAGUGUCGCAAAGCAUCCUUUGAUUCAGUGGAAAUGUUUACAUAUCAUCUAACUUUAUAAUUACCCUGCCAAAGCAUCCUGAGCUGAGAGCAUUAUAU